AUGGUUUCUCACUUGUGGCUUUUGCAAUACUUGAUUCUUUCGAUACCAUUGGUUUUAGGUGCACCACCAAGAGCUAAUCCUAAUCAAGGUAAUGCUGCGGAUCCAGAAAGUAAAUUACCGUCUCCAUUGACUGAAGCCAACUUUGACGAGACCAUAGCAAAGAAUCUACACAUCAUCGAAUUUUUCAGUCCAUAUUGCCAUCAUUGUAAGCAGCUAGCCCCAAUUUGGGAAAAGACGUACAAUGGCUUUUACGAUGAAUCCUUGCAGCUCAACAUAUCUCUCCAUCAAGUGGAUUGUAUCGAGUCAGGAGACUUAUGUAUGAAAGAGGGUAUUAAUUCAUACCCUACCAUCAGAUUAUAUGGACCAGAAGGCUUUAUCAAGGCAUUUCCCAGAGGUUUGGAACGGACUGAAACAACUUUGCUAAAUUUUGCAAGAAAGGAAGCUCUGGAUGCAGACAAUCUGGAUAUCACUAAACUAUCGAGCAAGAGUAAACUGUUGAAUGAUGGUGAGCUCUUGAAGAUUUUAUCAGAACCUCAAACUGAACCAUACUUUGUCUCAUUUUGGCCAACCUCUGAUUUUGAAGAUAUCGAAUCUUCUUAUCAGUUCAAAAACUGUGAAGACUGUUCGCUUUUUCAACGGAUUUGGAAGUUGGUAAGUAACAAGGCUGACUCGAUAGGAAUCAAUACGGUACAUUUCAACUGUGUGAAUCCGACAGAUUCUUCAAAGAAUGAAGCCAUUUGUAGGGAGUUGUCCUUCGAUACUUUGACUCAGAAGAGAAACUCUAGGUUAGAAAGAGCCCCGGAAUUUGCAUUGAUCUUACCUAACCGCAAGAGUGGUAGUUUUAUUAAGUUCCCAUUUGGUCCAAAGCGUGUCGAUAGCGAAUCCUUGAUUGAUUUUGCUACAAGAACUUUACACAACAGUAACGUUCCAAAUAUUGAUCAGGAUGAGAUCGAAGCUUUUGUAAAAGAACCAAAAAGUGACAUUUUGGAAGCAAAUGCCGAAGCCGAUAAAAUAUUGCUUGUAUUUAAUUAUAACCCGGAAACUGUUGUCCCUGAGGAUAUGCAAUUUUUGGAACAACUCAUUGACCCAUUGGGAUACAUCCCUAAUAUUUACUUGUACAAGAACACUGACGACCUAAAGAAGUUAAGCCAUACUCUCUAUCAAACUCUGUACAAAGAUUAUAAUACCGAUCAACGCACUGAAAUUAAUGAGGACCAUUUUAUCACGACAUCCAUUACCCAAUCACCAACGUUCUUCAUAUUCAAGAAAUCUACGUUUACUCCGAUCAUAUUCCCUGGAUAUUCAACAACUGAAACCAGAAAUUUGGACUUCAUCUUGGAUUGGCUCACUAUAAACUCUCUUCCAACUGUCACUGAGAUUACAUCCAAAAACUUUGAAGCAUUAAAAGGAUUUGAACAAGAUUUCUAUGACAAGUUGGUAAUUCAAUUGGUUAAUAAGAAGAAUAAUAAGUUUGAAGAAGGUUCAAAGAAAAUCGUCGAAGGCCUACGAGUAGCGGCACAUAGUUAUGAAAUAUUGCGUAACGAGGCGGUGUACGAAGGUCUUAAGACGGCCAGAGAAGAAAAGAAAAAACUGGUGCAAAAGCUUAAGAACAAAAACGCACCAUCCGUUGAUAUAGUCACUGCCAUGAGAAAAGAGAUAAAUUACAGUUAUAAUCACAAGGUCAUAUUUGCCUAUUUGGACAUUAAUGAAUCCCCUUCUCUCUUGAAUAAUAAAGGUCUAAAUGUUUACUUCAGGAAGUUCAAGACUGGUGAUAUCAUUGUCGUGGACAAGCAAAAAGCCAUCUAUUACGAAAAGGAUGCUUCUGGACAAUACAUCACCCUAGAGACGUUGCCCGAAGUCCUCUCCAUUCUGAAUUUCCCCGCAAGACACCCUGAUCUUCGUAUUGAACGCAUCUUUUUGAGAACUCCACUCAGUGGAUUGCUCAGAUUAAUUGACUACCUCCGCGAAUUUAGCGGAAUCAAUUACUUAUUUGUUGUGGUGACAUUCUUGGCGUUAUGGAAAAUACCCAGAACCAUUCAUCAUUAUAAACUGAAAAGACGUUACGCUGCAAAACGGGAUACUCAUGGUAUCCUCGGGAAGGAAGCUAAGCUCAUGGAUUGA